UUCUAAUCGAAUGAAGAGCGAGUUAUCACGAUUCUGAAAUCGCGACGAGGAAAUAUCAAACGUUUUACUUUCUCCGGAGCGCGUGAAUCGCGACGUACGCCACCCACGCCACGGAUCGCUCACGAGUACGUGAUCGUUAGCGAGAGCGGCAAAGCGUGGAUGCAACAGGAUGGCCAUGACACGUUUCGCAACCCUCCCCUCCCCAAGUUCGUGCCGAAAUAUAUUCGAUUUCGAUACAUUUUUCAAUGCUGGCUUUUCCGUCAACGAUUCCAAGAAUUUCUUGCCUUUCGAGGUAAGAUUCGAUUUUCCUUCGAUAAUUCCAAUGCGAUUAUUUUCGAUUGCGUCGAUCGAAUGACGCAAUCGUAUUAAUUGAAUUAAAUAACACGCGUUUUACGAUCGAGAACGUUGUAUACGUCUUUCAAACUGUACGAUCAAUCACGCUUUUCACACGGAUAAUUCGGAUUUAUUAUCCGCUAAUUCCGAGAAUGGGAAAAGGUAAACAUCGAGUUCCUUAACCAGCAGAUACAAUGUGUCUCGACUUUCUACUAAUAUUUUUUUAAUUUUCAUUAUUCUCCGCGUGGAGAAAUCCAGUUGCGAUAAAUCGACCGAUAUACAUAUAUACCCAUACAAUAUCAAGCAUCGGAUCGAGGAUGUUCUUUGAACCGUGUUAUCCAUUGAUCCGUGGGAACGUUGCUCGAAUACGGAACCUUACACCCACAUACGACGCCAUCUCCAUUCAGUUUCCCUCGUUUUUUUUUUAUUUUUACGCGCUCCUGAGAGAGAGAGAGAGAGAGAGAAGUUCGCUUUUAUCCCGAAUCGAUCGCGUAUCCCAUUCCAAUUCCAGCGUUUCAAGUUUGCCGAAUCUCGGCGGAACGAACGGCAACCUUGCAUUUUGCGGUUCAAACUCGCGAAGUUUGAACUUUCUCCGAUCGCAAACAUCAAUCUUCCCCCCCCCUCUUUCGAAAAAGUGAUGCUUCUCGAGGACGCUCUUUCGAAGGAAUAGAUAAACAUUGGACACGGUAUACAGGGUGUGCAAAAAUUAACGCGAGAUUCGAAUUAUAAAUAUAAAAGAGAGUCUUUGAAUAUUUAUCUUUUAAGCGAAUGACAAAGUACGUAGGAUAAGGCAAAUGGCCUCCACGAAAUUUUUCACGAUCGUGGCUGAAUCUCUCGUGAUGCGCGUUGUGGGAUCGUUCGACGUAGACCUUCGAGUUCGAACAACCCCGUAAGAAGAAAUCCAACGGCGUUAAAUCGCACGAUCCGCCAAUUCUGAUCACCGAAGCGGGAGAGCGCGCGGCCAGCAAACGUCUCGCGCGGUGAUCGAAUCGUUUCGCCGAUUGUCUCGUUGAAGCCGCGUGUCGGCCGCGUCGAUGUCGUCCAAUUUCGGCGGAGAGAAGCGUGCCAUCGCGUCGCGAUAUCGAGCGCCGUCAACGGCCGCCGCUCGACCAGCCUCGUCCUCGAAAAAGCGUGGCCCGACCACGCCCGCUGGCCAAAAAAUCCGCGCCAAACGGUGACGCGUCGCGGCUGCGUUUGUUCCUCGCCGAUCGCGGCAAUUUCGCCGAUCAACGAAAACGCGCUUCGUCCCUUUUUCGCGAUUAAUAAUCUAAUUCCGCGUUUUUCAGGCUUGCCAACAACUUAAGAAAUGGCGGCAAAUUCAAAUCUCGCGUCGAUUAAUUCGAGACACCGUAUAUUAUCGUAGAAUCCUACGAAAUUAUUCGUAGAAGCUUAUCGUCAAAGAUCGAAGAAAGUUCCUCUCCUCCACCGAUUAAGAAUCCUCGACGAGGAAAAGAAAGAGAGAGGAGAGGAUUUAGAGAGAUCUCGGAUUGUUCGAAGGAAGAAUCAGGGAGAGCGGGUUUUUGGGACACCCUUUAUAUAUUGUACUCGUUAACGAGACAUUGAUACGCGCCAAUGAUCUUCCUUUACGGGAUUAGAAAGCUGGUAUACAUAAUUUUUAAUUGGCUGCUCUUAAUAUAAAAAAGUACUUUUUCACGCUUUUUCAAAAGGAUAGCACCAGUUAUUGUGGAUCGUUGAUGGUCAUCAACACCGGAUAAUAUAUAUAUAAUUUAUCGCGUUAAACAGGGAGGGGAGAUGGUGAUCGAGCGGAAAAUUGAAUCGGCGAUAUUGUAAAUUUUAUUAACGCCGAUAUCCGCAUUUAAUGGAUGUGGCUAAUGGCGAUUAUUAUCGCCCGGAUUUUUCUCUCCCCGGAAUCGAUCGACGAGAUCGAGUUUAAAAACCCAUUUGACUAGAGAGUUGAUUUAAUUCUAGAAAAACUUUCAAUUCGAGAAAAUCGUUUAUCUUCUCUCAUUCAUCAAUAUUUUCUAUUUUAUUUUACAAUUCUUCCUCCUCUCCCCUCGAAGAAUUAGGAAGGAAGAAAGGAAAGGACGAGAGAGAAUGGCGCGAUUGUUGCCUCUGUCGCGAAGAUUUUCAAAGGACGCGAGGUAAGAGGGAAACGGCGGUUGCGUUUUGAGUCGGUGCAACAAGGCCGAACCCGUAGUCGCCGCCGGUUUGCAUCACCGAUCGACAUCGCUCGCUCCGCUCCGCCAUUUUCUUCUCUCUCGAGAAAAUUUCUUUCCUCCAACAUUUUCCAACAUUAACGAAGAAGCAUAUUGUGAAAAUAACAGUGUUCGAGAAAUCUUCGAAUCUGAAACUCGCGUAGAUAAAAAAAGAAAGAAGAAAUUGUCGAUCGGCCAAUAACCUUCGCAAUAACAAUCUCGAUCAAUCAAAUCUUGUUCCAAAAAAAAAAUGAUCGAUAAUUCCGACAAUAUUCUCCCGUUCAAACGAAAUCCGCGAGACUUCGAAUCACGAUUUUGAGCGGGAAACGAGAUCGCGACAAAAACGAAACCGGUCGGAAGGUGGCCGAGAACGGUUUACCAUUGACUAGGGCGAAACGUAUCGAGUUUGUCGAGGUUAAUCUCUCUCUCGAUAUAUCAAUCGUUCUCCCCUUUUGACGACCCUCCCCCGAAAACGUCCUCCUUUUUCCCUUUCCCCCCUUCCCGCCCCUCCCUUUCCCGUUCAUCCCGCGCUCACAUCCCGGAGGAGAGGAGGAGAAGAAGAAGAAGAAGAAGAAUAGGAGGAGGAGGAGGAGGAGGAGCGCGAGGAAAAAUUGUUGUGUGGACGGAAUCAUGCCGCAGCGGAACGAGUCGGAUGGGAUCGGCGGCGGUGUCGUCGCGGCUGUUGUCGGACGGUUGAGGGACGAGGCGAGGGAGAUCCUGUUGGAGAGGAGGAGGAGCGCGGUGGAGGACGGGGGGGGUAUCGAUGUUGGAAAGCCGAGUCGCGACGGGAUGCCGGAACUCAAGGACGAUCGGGGUGGCGAACCGUUGGUGGACGACGAGGAGGUGUGCCUGGACCUUGGGGAACCGUCGCAGGAUGUGAUCGAUUACGCGAGGAGGGAGCUCGGGGAGACGGACGACGUCAAGUGCAGGACACUUCAGGAACUGAGGGAUAUGAUUUACGAGAGGGGGGAGUGUCUGCCGCGGAGGAUGGACGACGAUUUUUUGAUCAGAUUUCUGAGAACGAGGAACUUCAACGUUAACCGGGCGCAUCGAUUGAUCGUGAAUUACUGCAACUUCAAAGAGGAGCACCCGGAGAUCCAUCAAGACAUAAGGCCGCUCGAGAUGAAGUACAUAGGAGACGACGACGUUGUUUCCGUGCCCCCUUACAGGACCCAGUGCGGGAGAAGGAUAAUGAUAUACCGUCUGGGGAAUUGGGAUCCGAGGAAGUACUCGGUGGAGGAGAUCUUCAAGGCGACCAUCAUCAUCCUCGAGCUCGGCGUUCUCGAGCCGAGGGCUCAGAUCCUCGGUGGAACCGUGAUCUUCGACUUGGAGGGAAUCACCAUGGCCCACGCGUGGACCAUCACUCCCCAGGUUGCCAAUAUGGUGAUAGCGUUGAUGGUGUCGGCGUUCCCGAUGAAGACUCACGCGAUACACAUCCUCCACCAAUCCUGGGUGUUCGACGUGAUGUUCUCGGUGUUCAAACCCCUGCUCGACGCUAGGAUGCAGAAGAAAAUCUUCUUCCACGGCGGGAACAUGGACAGCCUUCACAAGCACAUCUCCCCGUUCCAUUUGCCCAAGAGGUACGGGGGGACCAGGGAGGAGUUGCCCUACUACAAGUGGAUCGACAACCUGAGCAAAGUGCCCCAGAUCGUGAAAGAGAUGAAGCAGCUCGGAUACAUCGUCCCCGAGGAGAUACUCCAACAGUUGGGCCAAUUGAUCGAGGAUUGAAAUCGAGCAGGAUCCCAACUCGCUUCCCUCCCUCUCUCCGUGUCACGAUAUCAAACUUCUUCUUCUUCUUCUUCUUCUUCCAUUUCUUGAUCGACGGAAAAGCUUGACGCAGCUUCGAUUCUCAAUUUUCAAACGCACGGAGGAUUCGAGGGAGAACUUUCUACGUUGUACAUUUCGUUUCUAUCGUUCCUUUCUUUCUUUCUUUCUUAUAUACGUUAAUCCGUAACAAGCUUCUCUUUCACAGAAGUAUAAAGGUUAUAUAUAUAUAUAUCGAUAUAUCGAUCUUUCACGAGAGGAAAUACCUCUUCGUUCUUCUUCUUCUUUUUAUUGUUGUUAUUAUUAAAAUAAAUGGGAUAAGAAAUCGCGAA